AUGGCCGGAACAAUAAACAAGCCAAAGAAGCCCACCUCUAAGAGGAAGACGACCCGACUCCGGGCCAAGAUCUCAAAACGCGCGGCUGAGAAAAAGCGCAAAGAGCGUAAGCUUGCUCGCAAAAACCCAGAAUGGCGCAGCAAGCUGAAGAAGGACCCGGGCAUCCCGAACCUGUUCCCUUACAAGGAGCGCCUGCUGCAGCAGAUCGAGGAGGAGCGCAUCCGGCGCAAGGAGGAGCUGCUGCGCAAGAAGGAGCUGGCCAAAGCGGCCAAGACGGGUGCCGACGGCGACAACAAGGAUGACGAGCAAAUGCAGGAGGACGAUGAGCACAUGAUUCGGGAGGAGGAGCUCGAUCUGGACGAUGCGAUGGACGAGGAUGGCAGUGAUGUCGACGAGAGCAACCCUCUCGCGGCGCUUGUGCGUAGCGCUCGUAAGGCGGCUGAGGAGUAUGAGAAGGAGUUGCAGAGCGGGUCGGAGAUGGACGAGGAUGAUGAAGACGACAGCGACGACGCCAGCGAUGCCGGGUCCGAUGCCGGCGUCAUUACCGAAGUCCACGGUGGCGCUACCUCUCGCAAGGCCUACGACAAGGUUUUUAAGCAGGUCGUCGAGCAAGCCGACGUGAUUCUGUACGUGCUCGACGCGCGCGACCCCGAGGGCACGCGCUCGCACGACGUCGAACAGGCCGUAAUGGCCGCAGCUGGAGGUGGCAAGAGACUCAUGCUGAUCCUCAAUAAAGUCGACCUGGUCCCUCCGCCCGUCCUCAAAGGCUGGCUGACCUACCUCCGGCGCUUCUUCCCUACCCUCCCUCUCCGUGCCUCCAACCCUGCCCCUAACGCCCGCACCUUCAGUCACCGCGACAUCACCGUUCAAAGCACGAGCGCGGCCCUUUUCCGCGCGCUCAAAGCCUACGCCGCAGCCCGCAACCUCAAACGUGCCAUUGCCGUCGGCGUGAUCGGCUACCCGAAUGUGGGCAAGUCCAGCGUGAUCAACGCCCUGCUCUCCCGUCUUCCCGGCUCUGCCCGCGGCGGCCGCACCCCCUGCCCAGCUGGCGCCGAGGCCGGCGUCACGACCGCCAUCCGCGCCGUCAAGAUCGACAGCAAGCUGACCCUGCUCGAUUCGCCGGGUAUCGUAUUCCCCAGCACAGCCUCCUCGCAAACUUUUAUCCCGAAAAACCCCGUCGAAGCGCAUGCGCAUCUUGUGCUGCUCAACGCCAUCCCGCCAAAGCAAAUCGAGGACCCCGUACCAGCCGUCACACUCCUGCUCAAGCGGCUGUCGGCUACCCCCGAACUCAUGGACCGCCUCAUGCAAGUGUACGACAUCCCGCCCCUGCUGAAGGACCCCUCCCAAGGCGGCGAUGCGACGAUGGAUUUCCUAGUGCAAGUCGCGCGCAAGCGUGGCAGGCUGGGACGUGGAGGAGUGCCGAAUAUCCAGGCGGCCGCGAUGACCGUUGUCACGGAUUGGAGGGACGGGAGGAUUCAAGGGUGGACGGAGCCGCCUAAGAUUGCAGUCGAGGGGGUCAAGGAGGGUAAUGAGGGUAAGGUAGUGAGGAAGAUUGCGGAUCAGGAGGUCGCGCCUGAUCAGAAGAUUAUUGUGACGGAGUGGGCGAAGGAGUUCAAGCUGGCGGGUUUGUGGGGGGAUGAAGAACAGACAGAAGAGGGGGAUAAGAUGGAGGCUUGA